AUGAACAGCGGAGCAGGGAACGAGGAGGUUCCUCGCGAUGUGCGUCUGUUGCACCUGAUUUUUGCCACUCAGGGAAUUCAGUCGUACCAGGACCAUGUGCCUCUCCAGUUGAUGGAUUUCGCGUACAGAUACACCUGUGGAAUUCUACAAGAUGCGGUGUUGUACAACGACCAUGCGUACGCGAGCGCCAAUGGAGGUGCCUCUGCCGGGAUGUCGAAUGCGCCGCUCUCAAAUGAGGAUAUCAGAUUGGCUAUUGCUGCUCGCACAAACUACCAAUUCAAGCCUGUUCCUCCGAAGAAGCUUUUGUUGAAACUGGCUGCCGAAAGAAACGAGAAGCCCUUGCCGCCAGUUAUGCCUGCGUGGGGUGUGCGCUUACCUCCGGAGAAGUACUGUCUGACGGCCAAGGACUGGGAGUUGGACGAGGAGGAGGAUGAGGGGCCCGAAGGAGAGUCCAAGCGACAGAGGACGCAAUGA